UCUAUUAAACAUGAAGAUACUGGAACCCUAAACCUUCUUCUCUCAUCUUUCUCCCUUUUUCCUUUGACAGCAUCUGCAUUUUUCCUUGCCUGGUCCAUUGCUAUAGGUUUGGGGAUCCGUUUCAUUGUAAUGGUAAUGAUAUGCAGUGCCACGAUCAUAAAUUGGAAGUGUUACUGUGGGCCAUGUCCUCAAAACUGGCUAUGUUACAGAAAGAACUGCUACCAGUUUUUUAAUGAAAGCAAAAGUUGGUACCAGAGUCAAGCUUCGUGUAUGUCUCAAAAUUCCAGUCUCCUGAAGAUAUACAGUAGAGAGGACCAGGAUUUCUUUAAAUUGGUGAAAUCAUAUCAUUGGAUGGGACUAGGUAAAGUUCCAACAAAUGGAACCUGGCAAUGGGAAGAUGGCUCCAUUCUUUCACCUAGCCAGUAAGUCUCUGUACCAAUAAGUCUCUAUUUGUAGAUUUAAGGCAUUCUUAUGAUUAUUCAAGUAUCACACUUUCCUUCCUGCAAUGCCAGGAUGUUCCCACAUCCUAAUAGAUUCAGAAAAAAUCUCUUAAAGCCUAAAUACAGGAGAUUGUGGAGCUGAGCAGCCUAUACCAAUACUAAUGAGUAACACGGUCAUGUCCUAAGUACUGUGCAAGAUACUAGGCCAAUUUUACAGAUAAGGAGACUAAAGCAGAAGAGUUAAGUUCUUUCUUGAAGUUACAUAUUUUCUUGAAAGCUAUUACCAGAUUUACUGAGAUAUAAUGGAUAUCCAAUGAACAUUCAAUAAAUAGAUAUGCACAUAUUUAAAGCAUACAAUUUUUUUGUUAAUUUUAGCUUUAAUAUAUGAAUUACAUUAAUACCUCACAUUACAUAUAUGAAGCCUAAUUACACUAACUUAGUUGUUUACAAACUCAAAUCUUACUCCCAGUACACAUUCCAAUAAAUUUAUUCUGUAAAAACAAUAUACUUUUUUGUUUUUGAUAUUUUUUUACAGUAAACUUU